AUGGAAGCCCUGCAGAGGCAGCAGGCAGCCAGGCUGGCCCAGGGGGUGGGGCCAUUGGCCCCUCCACACCCACCACCACCACCACCAGCACCACCAGGGCCUUCCUUUCCUGGAUCCCGCACCCUGGAGGCCCCUGAGAGGGGGUUGGGGGAGGUUGGAGCUGAGGAAGAAGAGGAUGGCCAAGAUGAGGAGGAAGAAGAAGCUGGAGCAGAGGAUGAGGCAGCCGAGGAGAGCCGGCCAGGGACCCGGGGCAGCAGCUCACCUUCCAGCCAGCCCCCUGGACCUCAUCCCCACGAGUGGACCUACGAGGAGCAGUUCAAGCAGCUGUACGAGCUCGAUGCAGACCCCAAGAGGAAAGAAUUUCUGGAUGACCUGUUUAGCUUCAUGCAGAAGAGGGGGACACCCGUGAACCGUGUGCCCAUCAUGGCGAAGCAGGUGCUGGACCUGUACGCGCUGUUCCGCCUGGUGACGGCCAAGGGCGGUCUGGUGGAAGUCAUCAAUCGCAAGGUGUGGCGGGAGGUCACGCGCGGCCUCAGCCUGCCCACCACCAUCACGUCGGCCGCCUUCACUCUACGCACCCAGUACAUGAAGUAUCUGUAUCCGUACGAAUGCGAGACGCGGGCGCUCAGCUCCCCUGGGGAGCUCCAGGCUGCCAUCGACAGCAACCGGCGCGAGGGCCGUCGUCAGGCUUACACCGCAGCCCCGCUCUUCGGCCUGGCUGGGCAGCCACCCCGGGGCACUCUUGGCCCCGCCCCCGAGCCCGGGCCCGCCCCGCCCACCCCCGGCCCACGCUCUGCUCAUGGCCCCGCCUCCGGCCUGCCGGCCCACGCCUGCGCGCAGCUAAGUCCGAGCCCCAUUAAGAAAGAGGAGAGCAGAAUUCCCACCCCUCGACUGGCACUGCCUGUGGGCCUGGCCUUUGGACCUGCACGUGAGAAGGUGGCACCAGAGGAACCCCCAGAGAAGAGGGCUGUGCUGAUGGGGCCCAUGGACCUACCUCGACACAGCACACCCCCCAGUUUCCUGCCCCGUGGCAAGGUUCCCCUUAGGGAAGAGCGGCUGGAUGGGCCUCUCAGUCUGGCAGGCACUGGUAUCAGCAGUAUCAACAUGGCCCUAGAGAUCAACGGGGUGGUCUACACUGGUGUCCUCUUUGCCCGUCGCCAGCCUGUACCAGCUUCCCAGGGCCCAACCAACCCUGCACCCCCACUCCCGACAGGGCCCCCUUCCAGCACCUCACCCUGA